AUGUCACAUUUAACACCAAUAAGUACAUACAAUUUAGCAUUAAAACCAUUUCAACCUGAACCAGCCAUUGCUGAAGAUUAUCCAAUUACAAUUAGAUUGACUUUAGCUUCAUUAGAUCCUGAAGCUGAUGAUGAUAAAGCUGAGCCAUCAACUUUAAGAAUAUUGAAAAAGACUCAAUUUCAUGAUGAAGAUGAUGAAGAUGAUGUUGAGUAUGAUGAAGACGAUGAUGAAGAUGACGAUGAUGAAGAUGACGAUGACGAAGAAGAUGAAUUAGAUGAAACUGUAAAAACAAAUGGUUCCAAAGAAGAUAUAGAAAUUGAUGAAGAGGAAGAAGAUGAAGAUGAAGAUGAUGACGAAGAUGACGAAGAUGACGUAGACAUUGAUGAAGAUGAAGAUGAAGAAGAUAUUUCAGAAUAUGUUGUUUGUACAUUAUCUCCGAAACAUCAAUUUCAACAAACUCUUGAUUUAACUAUUACACCAGAAGAAGAAGUUUAUUUCGUUGUUACUGGUUCGUAUCCAAUUCAUUUAACUGGUAAUUAUGUUAUUCAUCCAGGUGAUGAAACUGAUGAAGAAGAUGAAGAUUAUGAUGAAAUAAAUGAAUAUGAUGAUGAAUAUGAUUUAACACCAGAUGAAGAUGAAAUAAUUCAUGGAAUUAAUUUUAAUGAAGAAUAUGAUGAUGAAGAAGAUUCUGAAGAUGACUUUGAUAGAGAAGAAUCAGCAGAACCAGGUAAAAUUGAAGAAAUAAAAGAUGAUGAAGAGGAAGAAACAAAACCAAAAAAGAGAUCAAUUGAAGAAUCAAAAGAACCAAAAGAAUCUAAAAAAUCAAAAAAAUCAAAAAAUAAUGAUUCUUCAUUUUCAAAUGAUGAAAAAAAAUCAGUUCAAUUUUCAAAAAAUUUAGAACAAGGUCCAACUGGUUCAACAUUAAUUAAUGAUAAAAAGAAAGAUAAAGAUACUACACCAAAAUCAACUCCAACUAAACAAAUUCCAACAAAAGAAUCAAAAGAAUCAAAAUCAUCAUCUAAAGAUUCAACUCCAACAAAAGAUAAAAAAAAUGAUAAAAAAUUCCCAACUCAUACUUUAUUAGGAGGAGUUAUUACAGAAGAUAGAAAAAUUGGUGAAGGACCAACAGCAAAAUCAAAUAAUAAAGUUGGUAUUAGAUAUAUUGGUAAAUUAAAAAAUGGUAAAGUAUUUGAUAAAAAUACAAAUGGUAAACCUUUUUCUUUUAAAUUAGGUAAAGGUGAAUGUAUUAAAGGUUUUGAUUUAGGUGUUACAGGAAUGAGUGUUGGAGGAGAAAGAAGAGUUAUUAUACCACCAAAAAUGGGUUAUGGUUCACAAUCAUUACCUGGAAUUCCUGCAAAUUCAGAAUUAACUUUUGAUAUAAAAUUAGUUUCAUUAAAAUAA